GCCAGGUACAGCAGUCAUAUGACGGACUGGGUUUCCUUGUUGAAGUGGAGCUGCAGUUGAGGGAAGUUGCUGCUACAAUAAGCUUCAUCUUUCAGAGUUGGAUUCAUUUUCUGUUUGCAGUGAUUCGGUUUCAGUGAUGUUCGCAGGUGGUUUGCUGCUGUGCGUCCUGGCCUUGUUUCAGCUCGGCUCACGCGCUCAGUACGCUCCUGAUGAAGUUACUCACCUGCCUGGGAUGACGUUUAAACCCAACUAUAGACAAUGGUCGGGGUACCUGCAGGCUCGGCCGGGAAAGUUCCUACAUUACUGGUUUGUGACUUCUCAGAGGGACCCAGUCAAAGACCCUCUGGUGCUGUGGCUGAAUGGAGGUCCAGGCUGCAGCUCACUGGAUGGAUUUUUGUCAGAGAAUGGACCGUUUCAUGUGAAUGAUAAUGGGGCCACUCUGUAUGAGAACAAAUUCAGCUGGAACAAGAUUGCCAACUUGCUGUAUCUAGAGUCACCUGCAGGAGUGGGCUAUUCCUACUCUGAUGACAAAAACUACGCCACAGAUGAUGACCAGGUUGCUGAUGAUAACUACAAAGCACUGCAGAGUUUCUUUGUCAAGUUCCCAAAUCUCACUCAAAAUGAGUUCUUCAUCUUCGGGGAAAGUUAUGGUGGGGUUUAUGCACCAACCCUCAGCCUGCGCGUGGCUACUGGAGCUGCCAAAAUCAACUUCAAGGGCUUUGCAGUGGGAAAUGGUCUCAGCAGCUUUGCCCUCAAUGACCAAACUUUGAUUUACUUUGGUUACUACCAUGGGCUGUUUGGUGAAGAUUUGUGGCGUCAGCUGAACCAAAACUGCUGUGACAAGGAAGGCUGUAACUUCUACAACUCCAGUUCAGAGACCUGCAAGACAAUGGUGAAUGUGGCCUUUGGUAUUGUGUAUGAGAGCGGCCUCAAUGAGUACGCUCUGUACUUGGAUUGUGAGGGUGGCAGAACAACCCACAGAGGCUACGAGAGGGCAAUGAGUCACCUGUUUAAGAACUUCAGGAAACAGCCACACACCCAUAAGCUUUCAGAACCAGGAACGUUCACUGUGUCUCUGGGUGAAGUCCCUCCGUGCAUCAACAGCACAGCACAGAUGAACUGGCUGAGGAGAGGCGAUGUGAGGAAAGCUUUACACAUUCCAGAUACUCUGCCACCGUGGGACAUCUGCAGUGAUGAUGUUGGAUCGCAGUACACCAACCUGUACCCGACAGUGAAGGGUGUGUACCUGAAGCUGCUCUCUCUGGGCGUGCAGGCGCUCGUCUACAAUGGAGACACUGACAUGGCCUGCAACUUCCUGGGAGACCAGUGGUUUGUUGAAGACCUUGGGUUCAAGGCAACCACCAAAUACCAGACCUGGAUUGAUGAUGACCAGAUUGCUGGUUUCUACCAACAGUUUGGAAACAUUACUUUCCUGACAAUCAAGGGAGCAGGUCACAUGGUUCCUCAGUGGGCUCCAGGUCCGGCUUUCCACAUGUUCCAGUCUUUCAUAACAAACGGUCCCUACUGAGCCUUAAAAGUAGCUGCUGUAUGACGUAUACCUGCACUCAUCACUUGUUAAAUUGUACUUUUUUUUUCUCAGGGAAGAUUAUUUUGAAGGGGAAAGGGACGGUUAGCACUCAUUCUUGCCGGUUGUAUCAUUCAUAAAAUCACUGCAGUUGUUAAAUAUAAAGGGUGGUGUGGGCUUUGUACUGAUUCACAGUAGAUUUUAGGUCAAAUAAAGUGCCAACUUCUGGUUUUGUGGGUGUUUACAAUAAUCCUGGGCUAGUAGUGAAUGAAUGAACUCCCUCAUUGUGAUCAGUCCCUCAUUUUAAGGAUCUGCAAACAACUGGAUGCAACACAAUGUGGAUAAAAUAAUAAUUUAAUGUCGGGUCUUUAGGCAGCUUCACUUCAUAAUCUUUUGGGGAUCUGUUUUGUAGGAAGGGGGGCAUCUGUUAAGUUCUGAUUAGCUUGAAGUACCUCAGUUGCCUUGUUUGCUUGUGUGAGAUUGAAGUGGUGAACUUUUUAAGUGUGUCUUUUACUCUGAAAAUAAAAGUGAGAAAGUGAAAAAUCUCUCUGAAAACUCA